AGCCUCAGCGGUCCAGCUACCUGCGUCUGCAAAGUAGAGCUGCGUGUGUCUUGCAAAGCCCUGCUGGACCGAGACACGCUGAAUAAGUCAGACCCAUGUGUCAUACUCAUGGUCCAGACCAACGGACAGUGGACAGAGCUGGACAGGACAGAAGUGAUCAAGAGCAACUUGCACCCGGUCUUUGCCAAGGUGUUCUCACUGGACUACUACUUUGAGGAGGUUCAGAAGCUGCGAUUUGAAGUCUAUGACAUCCACGGCACUCACAGCAUCGGGACCCGCGAUGAUGACUUUCUGGGUGGGGUGGAGUGCACUCUUGGCCAGAUUGUGGCCCAAAAGAAGAUGUUGAAGCCUUUGUUGCUGAAGUAUGGGAAAUAUGCCGGCAAAUCCACCAUCACGGUGCACGCUGAGGAAAUUUCUGGCAACAACGGGUAUGUGGAGCUCUCCUUCUGUGCCAAGAAGCUUGAUGAUAAGGAUCUCUUCAGCAAGUCAGACCCAUUUUUGGAAAUAUACCGAAUCAAUGACGAUGAAACUGAACAGCUUGUGCACAGAACUGAGGUGAUUAAAAACAACCUUAAUCCUGUGUGGGAGCCCUUUAAAGUGUCUCUCAUAUCCCUGUGCAGCUGUGAUGAGGAGCGGAAGCUCAAGUGCCUAGUGUGGGAUUAUGACUCCAGGGGGAAACACGACUUCAUUGGCGAGUUCUACGCCACUUUCAGGGAAAUGCAGAAAAUUGCCAGUGGAAAUAAGGUGACGUGGGAUUGUGUGAAUCCCAAGUACAAACAGAAGAAAAGGAACUAUAAAAAUUCAGGAGUUGUUAUCCUCAGUGACCUUAAGCUACACAGAGUGUACUCCUUCUUAGAUUACAUCAUGGGAGGAUGCCAGAUUCACUUUACGGUUGCCAUUGACUUCACAGCCUCCAAUGGAGACCCAAGGAACAGCUGCUCUUUGCACUACAUCAACCCUUACCAGCCCAACGAGUACCUGAAGGCUCUGAUAGCAGUGGGGGAGAUCUGUCAAGACUAUGACAGUGACAAAAGAUUUUCAGCUUUGGGCUUCGGUGCCAGAAUCCCUCCAAAUUAUGAGGUGUCUCAUGAUUUUGCCAUCAAUUUCAACCCAGAGGAUGAUGAAUGUGAAGAGAUCCAAGGUGUGGUUGAGGCAUACCAGAACUGCCUUCCCAAGAUCCAAUUGUAUGGCCCAACCAAUGUUUCUCCCAUCAUUAACAGGAUAGCCAAGCUGACAGCAGGCGACGGCAUCAUUAAAGAUGCUUCUCGAUACCACAUCCUGCUCAUCCUCACAGAUGGUGUAGUGACAGACAUGGCAGACACACGCGAAGCUAUUGUACGAGCGUCCUACCAGCCUCUCUCCAUAAUCAUUGUUGGUGUGGGCAAUGCAGACUUCACAGACAUGCAGAUUUUGGAUGGAGAUGAUGGAGUCCUACGCUCACCGAAAGGCGAGCCAGUCCUCAGGGACAUUGUGCAGUUCGUGCCCUUCAGAGACUUCAAAACGGCUUCACCUGCAGCACUGGCCAAAUGUGUUCUGGCGGAGGUGCCCAAGCAAGUAGUAGAGUACUACAGCCAUAAGGCCAUCUGCCCUAUGAGUCCUAUGAGGGACUUACUGACCCCCAUCCUCAGCCCUGUUGCCACCACCCCAACAGAAUAA